AUGAAGGGACUCAUCGUCAGCGCCGCUAUUGUCGGCGGAGCCAUGGCUCAGGCCGGCCCGUACAUGCCCUGCGGUGGCAAGGGCUGGACCGGCGAGACGACCUGUGUGUCUGGUUACACCUGUGUCGUCCAAAACGAGUACUACAGCCAGUGUGUUCAAGGCAGCGCCAAUGCCGGAGGUGUUAGUGCCCAACAGGUCACCACCCUGAGGACUUCCACCAAAAAGGCCUGCAAGUCCAAGGCCCCCGAUGCCCCGGCGCCCCAAGUCCCCAAGUCGAGCGCUGCUGCGAUCACCUCCACAACCUCUAAGCCCGCCGUUGUCCCGUCAUCCAGCAAGCCGGUUGACAACCAGGCCUCCAAGCCGACUCCUGCUCCCGUCAACAACGACAAGACUCCCACCCAGGCCGGAGAGGCAGAUGCCCAGGACGGAGAGGUCGAGGCCCCUUCUACCCCUGCUAAGCCGUCCAGCUCUUCGGCUGCCCCCGUAGUCACUUCCAAGGCCGUUACCACCUCCAAGGCCGCCGCCACCCCUGCCCCUAAGCCCAGUACUCCCGCUUCCCCCGGUAAGGCUGGCAAGUUCAAGUGGCUCGGCGUCAACGAGGCCGGCGCCGAGUUUGGCGAGGGCAACCUUCCCGGCACUCUUGGAAAGGACUACAUCUUCCCGGACACGGCCAAGAUCGACACCUUGAUUGCCCAGGGCUACAAUACCUUCCGCAUGGGUUUUCGUAUGGAACGUGUCGCCCCCAGCGGUCUCACCGGAAAGUUCGACGACGCCUACGUCUCCGGCCUGACCAAGAUCGUCGACCACGUCACUUCCGCCGGCGCCAGCAUCGUCCUCGACCCCCACAACUACGGCCGCUUCUCCGGAAGCAUCAUCACCGACACGGCCGCCUUCAAGACCUUCUUCGUCAACUGGGCCAACCUGUUCAAGUCCAACGACAAGGUCAUCUUCGACACCAACAACGAGUACAACUCGAUGGACCAGGACCUCGUCCUGAAGCUCAACCAGGCCGCCAUCGACGGCAUCCGUUCCACCGGCUCCACCAACUGGAUCUGGGCCGAGGGUAACUCCUGGAGCGGCGCCCACAGCUGGACCAACGUCAACGACAACAUGAAGGGCCUCACCGACCCCCUCGACAAGACCGUCUACGAGAUGCACCAGUACCUCGACGGAGACUCCAGCGGCACCUCGGGCAGCUGCGUCUCGACCACGAUCGGUGUCGAGCGUGUCAAGGGCGCCACCGAGUGGCUCCGCUCCAACGGCAAGGUCGGCGUCCUCGGCGAGAUCGGCGGCGGAGCCAACGCCCAGUGCAAGGAGGCCGUCGCCGGGCUCCUCGAGCACCUCAAGGAGAACAGCGACAUCUGGCUCGGCGCCACCUGGUGGGCUGCCGGACCUUGGUGGCACGACUACUUCACCAGCUUCGAGCCCGACACCGGCGCUGGUUACCAGUACUACAACGAGCUGCUGAAGACGUACCAGUAG